AUGUCCUCCCCAAAUCUCCCCACCCAUUCCCGGCUACCGCGCAAGUCAGUGAACAGCCUAGACCUUGCAAAGAAGGCUCACAGACAUUUCGCAGGAAGACUCCGCGUCAUUGAAUAUACGCACUCUCAAGAGCUCAGCUUGAACCCGCAGAGGCGCGGAAGCUCCGAUUCUGAACAGCAAGCAACGGCGGGUGCUGGACUCAAACAGCAACCAUGUUUUUCAGUCCACUAUCAAGAUGCUUCCGUAAAUCGGCUCUGCACGUUCGUAUGCCUCGCGCUUGCGCUUGGUCCCGCGCUCGGUGCCGUGCUUGCCAGGUCAUCGGGCGCUCACCUCGGAUAUACAACCUUACUGGUGGCGCCGACGCUCUCAUUCACGGUUGGCUGGUUAUUCAGUCGAGAAUCGCGAGACUUGUCCGGCGAUAUCGGUGGACACGAGAACGCCCACACUUUCAAGCGUCACUCGGCGGGCCUCGACAGUGGCGCACGAGUUAGGCUCGGCAUGGGCACUGAGGCGCUAUUGCGCCGCGCGCUGAGGAUGCCCACAGUCUCGCCAGAAACGUCGUUAGCGUGA